CAUGUUUUUUUCCCCAUCCCAGUGCACUGCAGCCCCCCCAAGGCCGUGGCCAACGCUCACAUCGACGCCGGGAACCGCACGGAGCUCAACUCGCGCCUGCGCUACUCCUGCAAGCCCGGCUACAAGCGGAAAGCCGGAACCUCCAGCCUCAUCCAGUGCGUCCUCUGGAACGGCUCCCAGCCCCGCUGGACCGAGCCCACCCUCCAGUGCAUCCGUACGUCCUGGGGGGAAGCUGGGACACCUCCUCCAAACAGGAGGAUGGGAAGAAAUGCCAGCGCCACCCGAGUUCUGUUUCCUCCAAAGGAAUCAGAAAUGGGGAGAUUGGAUAAUUUUGACUCUCUAACUUACCAAACCACGUGGAGAGUUCGUGUCCCAGCUGAUGGUGUCUCCCUGUUGUGUUUUCCCCAAGGAGAUCCAGCUCUUUCCAGGGAAGCCCCCGGCGCGGCGAGCACGACCCAGAGGGCAGGAACCACCAGCGCCAGCCCAAAUUCCAGCCCCUCUCCAGCUCCCAGUCAGUCACCUGUGCCACCAGCACCUGAUGGGCCAUCCCCAGAUGGAUCCAGGCCGCCGGAGAUGGUUCCAACGCCGGACACGCCCACGCUGGGAGAGGGGACAACCGCGCUGCCCAUGCCGCCCUCGGAUUACGCCGCAGGUUGGGCUGAUUCCCAAGGAAUGCCAACCUCCCCUGGGGCCUGGGGCACCCACAAAGGCUCUCUUGCUUUUCCAAUGGAACUUUUCCUUCUCUCCGACCUCCUUUUUAGUGAGGCUCCUCCCAGCAUCCACCCCUCUCCUACCUUUGCAGCUCAACAUUUCCUUUUCUCUCCUUUUCCAGUUUCCAUCCGGUCCGUGGCCUCUUCUGUUGGACUCCUGGCGCUGCUGGCCAUCGGAAUUGCGGCCGUCUGCUGCUGGAGGAGGAGGAGGAGGAGAAGGAGGAGGAGGAAAGGCGCCAGGCAGGGCUACGCCGUGACGGAGACGGACAUUCCCAUGGAGGGAAUUCCCUCUGGGAACGAGGAGGUGCCACCUCCUGUCAUUGUCCCCACGGGCUGAGCACCCGCCCUGGGGACACUGGGCACACCCACCAUGCCGAGGGAUGCCGGAGGAUGGAAUUCUGGAUGCUCCCCUGAGGGGGGGCAGAGCACACAGGGCAGCCAGGGAUGAGUGGCUGCUCUUCCCAGCCUGAACAUGGACGAUUCCCAUGGAUGAUCCCAAAGCCACUGAGCCGGAGCCAAAGGAGUUGGGACCAUCCUGGCCCACAGAGAGCUCAGGGAUCCUUUGGAACCACUCCCAGCCCUGAUCCCAGCGGCUCAGGGGAAUCCAAGCUGGAGCAGCUUCUCUACAGACACCACCAAGGACCAAAUAACACAAUUUAGGAAUAUUUUCGUGUGUUUUCCAUUUAUCCAUCAGAACAUUUUAUCCACUCGUUUCCUUAUCCAGGUUUUAUCCACUUGUUUCCUUAUCCAGGUUUUAUCCACUUGUUGUUUCCUUAUCCAGG